AUGCACGACUCGAGCCUCGCGUCGGGGCGCCCGCCACGCCGGCCAGGGGGACGCCUGUCGCAGGCCUCCGCGGCCCGAGCCGGGCGCGCCUCGCCCGCGGCCGGCGGCCCGGACAUCCGACAGCGCCCGAGUCCGGCCGGCGGCCCGGACAUCCGACAGCGCCCGAGUCCGGCCGGCGGCCCGGACAUCCGACAGCGCCCGAGUCCGGCCGGCGGCCCGGACAUCCGACAGCGCCCGAGUCCGGCCGGCGCCGAGCGAGGCCCGCACGAAGACGUCGGAAUCGACUCACAUCCACCGCCAUUCAUCCAUUAA